AUGCUGAGCAGGCUUCAGGGCCAACCCGAGAGCUAUGACAAGAAGGCGAAAUACCGCUUCGGUCGCACUCUUGGUGCUGGUACCUACGGAAUCGUCCGUGAGGCUGAUGGUCCCACUGGCAAGUGCGCCGUCAAGAUCAUCCUGAAGAAGAACGUCAAGGGAAACGAGAGAAUGGUGUACGACGAGCUGGAUAUGCUUCAGCGUCUUAAGCACCCCCAUAUUGUCAAAUUCGUCGACUGGUUCGAGUCGCGUGACAAGUACUACAUCGUCACCGAACUGGCUACCGGCGGAGAGCUUUUCGAUCGUAUUUGCGAGCAGGGCAAGUUCACAGAAAAGGAUGCGUCGCAAACCAUCAAGCAGGUUCUCGAGGCCGUCAACUACCUGCACCAGAACAACGUCGUUCACAGAGGCAAAGACAUCGAGUCUGACCUCGUCUUGGCCGAUUUCGGUAUCGCCAAGAUGCUCGACCGCAAGGAUGAGGUCCUGACAACAAUGGCUGGCUCCUUUGGUUAUGCUGCUCCCGAGGUCAUGCUGAAGAAGGGCCACGGCAAGCCUGUCGACAUGUGGUCAAUGGGUGUCAUUACCUACACCCUUCUCUGCGGUUACUCUCCGUUCCGCUCGGAGAACCUCCAGGACCUCAUCGACGAGUGCAGUAACGCCCAGGUGGUCUUCCACGAGCGUUACUGGAAGGACGUCAGUGAGGACGCAAAGGAUUUCAUUUUGCACCUCCUGCAGCCAGAGCCGGUCAAGCGUUGGUCCAGUGAGGAGGCUCUGCGUCAUCCUUGGCUGAGCGGAGAGAAUGCCACCGACCACAACUUGCUGCCCGAGAUCAAGGCUUACAUGGCCAAGGCCAGGCUUCGUCGUGGUGUCGAGAUGGUCAAGCUCGCCAACAGAAUCGAGAUGCUCAAGACUCAAGAGGACGACAAGGAGGACUCGGAUUUCCCAGAAGACGCCGUCAGCGCCGCCGACCAGGCCAGGGGCGGUAUCGAAGCUGCUUCCGGCGAGAAGCGCAGCCUGUCCAGGACGAUCAAGGCAGCCAUUUUCCGCGAGGUCGUCCUUGCCAAGGUCCGCGAGAUGAAGCAACAGCAGGAAACCCUUACGGUGAAGGAAGAGGCGGAGAAGGAGCACAAGAGACGCAGCUUCCAGGGGUAG